GCAAGAUAAAUCGCUCGAUCCCAGUAUCGCACGCACGCGUCUUCCCUCUCUUCCGAAGUCGACGGCACCCGUCCCGUCUCGUCCCGCAAGCGAAACCCCAGCCCUAAUCCGGCUCCGAUCUCGCCCGCCAUGGCCGGCAAGAUGAAGGAGUUCGACGGCGCCAGCCCAGCCAAGAUCUUCAUCGGCGGGCUCUCCAAGGACACAAGCAUGGGUACAUUCAAAGAGCAUUUUGGGAAGUACGGGGAUAUAACUGAUGCCGUCAUAAUGAAGGACCGCUACACUCAAAAGCCCAGAGGCUUUGGAUUUAUUACCUUUGCAGAUCCUGCUGUUGUUGACAGAGUGAUUGAAGAUGAUCAUGUUAUCAAUGGAAAGCAGGUUGAAAUUAAAAGAACUAUCCCCAAGGGUGCUGCGCCCUUGAAAGAUUUCAAGACAAAGAAGAUUUUUGUUGGUGGAUUACCCUCUGCUCUAAAAGAAGAUGAGUUCAAGGAGUUUUUUUCAAAGUUUGGAAAGGUGGUGGAGCAUGAAAUCAUUCGUGACCAUGCAACUAACCGGCCACGUGGAUUUGGUUUUAUAGUCUUUGAUGCUGAAAAAACUGUAGAUGAGUUAUUAGCUAAGAAAGGCAAUAUGAUUGAUCUAAAUGGUUCUCAGGUGGAGAUCAAGAAGGCAGAACCAAAGAAACCCUCUAACCCACCACCUCGUUCAAUUGAUAGGGAACCUAGGGGCCGUCCAUAUGCGGACAGUUAUGAUGGAUUUGGCAGCUCCUAUAACUAUGGUGGUAGUUUUGGCCCCUAUAGAUCACCUGGAAGUUUUGGUGCUAGGCCUGGUGGCUACAGUAGUGCUUAUGGUCCUGUUGACUAUGGUAGUGGCUAUGGUGCAUAUGGUGGAGCAUUAGGAGGAUACAGGGGAGAAUCCUCACUCUAUUCUAGUCGUUUUGGUAGCACAUAUGGAGGAAGCUUUGGUGGCGGGUAUGGUGGUGGCAGUUAUGCUGGUGGAUUAGCUGGUGCCUAUGGACGUGAUGCUGGGGUUUAUGGUGGUUCUAGCUAUGGGCCUAGUUAUGAUUCUUCUGGUGCUAGUGCUGGUUCUGGUGCUGGGUAUGGCACGGGUGGACUCUACGGUGCUAGGACAGGCUAUGGUAGCACUGGUGGCAGUAGUGCUGCUGGUCGUUACCAUCCAUAUGGAAGAUAGAAAAGCAUCAGAGGCUGCUGUUUGCUAGAGAAACUUGCAGAAGAUCAAUUCUAGAUAUGUGUUCAAGAGAGAUUUGUCUGCAUCUAGAAAGGCCUAUUGAAGUUCAAUAUGCUCAUAUGCACUUUUAUAGAAAGACAAUUCAGUGACUUAAAGCUAGCCACUAGUUUAGUUUAUGCUCUUGAGAUUGUUGUCUUUUUAGGUCUUUCAUGAUUAAACCUAAUGGUUGUAUGUGUUGGUUCUUUGUUAGAAUAGAUGAUUUCCUUUGUGUUUAUGAAGAUUGUUGUAGCUUGUCUGACUUGCCAUUGUUGAUGGUGGUUACUCCAACACAGGCCUUGUUUCUUUAGGUUCUUGGACAUAACAUAUAUGUGUCCGUGCAGAUUGUGACACAAGUGUCUUGGUCUCUGGCUGUUGCAUAGAGGCUGUUUGUUUGGAGACGUCACGGUAUGUGGAUUAGUUGUAUUUGGACCUGAAUUAGUCUGGAUAUGCUCGCAAAGGGAUUUUUUUUUA